AUGAUGGAAAAUUUUACAAAUGGUAAAGUAGUAAGAAAUUAUUCACUCAUCAAAGAUGUAACAAAAACUAAAGACAUCAGAUUUGAUGACAUCAGUGAAACAGCCGUAAAAGUUUCCGACAAAUUAACUCGCUUUGCAAAACUCUUUGAACACCACGCCCUAUCUCCGAAAGAUGAACAUCAAAGCCUUGAGAAUUUCGAUAUAUCAAUGUCAAUUAUUGCUCCCUUGCUGUCGAAGGACGAAGAAGAAGAUGAAAAGAUACAGGAAGAAAUCUUCGAAACAGCAAAAACCAAUGAGCCAGAAGAACCAUCUUUUAUAGAGCAAGAGAAGCCUAAAGAAACUCUUUCUCAAGGAAGAGGAAGAGAUAGAGGAAGAGGUAGAGGAAGGGGUAGAGGGAGAGGUAGAGGAACAGGGAGAGUAAGCGAAAGUGCAAUGGAAAAUGAAAAUGGAAAUAAAAGCCAAAAAAGAAAAGGAAUGGGACAGGGAAGAGGAAGUAAAGGAGAACUUGAGAAGGGAUCCAAAAGAGCAAGUAUUACCGAAGUCAUCGUCUUCUUCCUCAGAGUCUCUGUCAUCCUCAGGAUCCUCAACAUCCUCAUCAUCCUCAUCAACCUCAUUAUCCUCAGGAUCCUCGUCAUCAAAAGAUUGAUUAAUUAA